UCCUAUGCACCAGGGGGCGCCUAUGAGACGUCCUUACAGAGUCCUGCGCCUGCGCAGUGCGUUCAGCUUGUAACAAACGGAGCCAAGAUGGAGGUGUUUGUUGUUGCUCCGAGCUUCAGGUGCUCAAGCUUCGAGUUUCCACCUGGUUCUGUUGUCAGAGACGUUCUGGAACGGUUCAUCCCGCACCAGGACUGGUAUGUCACCACUAACGGCCGUCUGUCUGGGCUGGAGGAGCGGCUGCAGGAUGGGGCCGUCUACCGCCUGGAGCCCCGGCUCCGUGGAGGGAAGGGAGGUUUUGGCUCCAUGCUCCGGGCUUUGGGAGCGCAGAUCGAGAAGACGACCAACAGAGAGGCCUGCAGGGAUCUGAGCGGCCGCCGCCUUCGAGACGUCAACCAUGAGAAGGAGAUGGCGGACUGGCUGAAGAAGCAGUCGGAGCGCGAGGCGGAGAAGGAGCAGCGGCGGCUGGAGCGUCUGCAGAGGAAGCUGUUGGAGCCGCGGCAUCAGUUCGCCGACCCGCAGUACCAGCAGCAGUGCCACGACCUGAGCGAGCGUCUGGAGGACUCGGUUCUGAAAGGCCUGCAGGCGACCUCCAGCGGUCAGGUGAGGGUCGGAGCCGACCCGGAUCAGAACCGAGCCCCUGCGAGGAAGAGGAGAAAGACUGCAGCGGCAGCCGGGUUCUGGACGGGUCUGGACGAGCUGCUGAGCUCUGAGGAUGAUGAAGAUGAUGAGUCUCCGUGCAGCGGAGGAGCUGUUACCAUGACGACCCAGAGGGAGGAGGCGGAGCCUGGACCCAGCAGCAGCACCGCUCCAACCGCCAGAACCUCAGAGGUCCAGAACCCCGGGCUCCCGACGGAACCGGCUGUUGGACCCUCAGGGGACCAGAACCCUCCUCAGGGCUGCAGGGAACCGGCCCAGGUCCAGAACCCCGGGCUCCCGACGGAACCGGCCCAGGUCCAGACCCACGGGCUCCUGGCGGAACCGGCUCAGGUCCAGAAUCCCGGGCUCCCGACGGAACCGGCUGUUGGACCGUCAGGGGUCCAGAACCCUCCUCAGGGCUGCAGGGAACCGGAUCAGCAGUUGGACCUGUCCUCGGUGCCGACCGUCCAGCAGCUGGAGUCUCUGGGUCUGGAGGUUCUGAAGGAGGAACUGAUGCGCCGCGGCCUGAAGUGCGGGGGAACGCUGUCGGAGCGCGCCGCCCGCCUCUACUCCGUCAGAGGCCUGAGUCCAGACCGGAUCGACCCGGCACUGCUCGCCAGAACCAGGAGGAAGUAGACCCAGCUGUGAACUUCCUGUCUGGAAUGAAGCUUCCGGGUCUGGAUGUUGGAAUCGUUUAUUCGAACAUGUGAAUCGAUGAUCAGAUUUUGUUUUUAUGAAAUAUUAAUAAAAUGUUUCAGAACCAAA